UUCUAAUCAACAUACAGUAUUGUAAAAGUGUUGUCAAAAGCAAAAGGUGUUUAAAUUCGAUUUCAUCCACUCAUCAUUAUUUUGAUAAAAUCAAAUAUAUAUUCUAUUUUGUACACACACAUUUAUAUGAAAAACAUGUCGAUGAAUUGGCGUUUAUUAAAUGGUCAACAAACUAGACGUUUUGUACGUCGUGUUCGUCUAAAUAUUCUAUUCCAUCCAAGACAAUCAAUUUUAAUUCUAUUCUUAACCAUUGGUUUUAUCUAUAUCAUUUAUCAACUGUUUUGUGCACCAUCAAUACAUAAUCAUGAUAAUUAUGAUUCACAAUUAGAAUUAUUAACCAAUAUGAAUAGAUGUGAGCCAAUGACUCCGUUGGCGAUGCUUGUAUUUGAAACAUUCAUACGACGAAUCAUCAACACAUUCGAUAUGCUUGAAGUAACACAUUUUCUUUGUUAUGAAACACUUUGGUCAACAUUGAAACGUGCAAAUAUUGAUCAUCAUAAACGAAAAAAUAUAACCAAAAUUCGCUUGAAAAUAACAGAUGCGUGUUUUAAUCUAUGCAUAUUGAAUGAAGAUCUUCAACGUCAUGAUGAAUCCAUUAUUGAACGACGUUUUCGUAAUAAUGGCAUUCAAUUGCAAUAUAUUCAUUCAGAUGGUAUUUAUAUUCUAAAACCGACUACACGAUUAAUCGAUAUGACCAUACCACGAGAUUUUGAUGCCGAUGGUAUUAAAGAAACAAAAAUUGAUGAAGAAGAAUUACAUCCAAUAUUAUUCACCAUACAUGCACGAAUACAUGUAUUUGAAAAAGAUUCACAAGAAGAUAUGUAUCGUCGAAUCGGUUGGCGUAGUCGUUUAUUACCAUCAACAAUGUGCAAACAAUUACAUUGUUUUCCAACAAAUCUAAUCGAUAAUAAUAAUGAUGAAAAAAUGAUUAAAAAUUCUUUAAAGAAAAAUGUUUCACAACACAAAUCAAGACAAUCGAUCGAACAAUUACCAAAAUUAGAAUUUUUACCAUCAUUAUUUAUAAAUGUACCACGUGAAGGUCUAGAAAUACAGAAAUAUCAUUAUCCGGAUACAUGGUGGACGAUGACCGAUUCAGCUGAUGAAUGUUCAUCAUCAUCAUCUUCAUAAAUUGUUAGAAAUCCAUCCAUCCAUUCGUAAAU